AGGCGGCGGCCUGUCUCUUCCUGUCCAACUCGGCUGAAGUGUCCCCAGCACGAACGACAGACACACUUCAUUAAAGUUUCUGUCCUGCUGGUCUCCCGGUCCACACAUGGCCCCCAGCACGCAACUGAAAGAGGCGAUAUCCGAUGUGCAGGAGGGGAUCCGGGCCAUCCUGCUCGGGCCGCCCGGAGCCGGGAAGGGGACUCAGGCCCCUCGGCUAGCAGAGCAGUACUGUGUUUGCCACCUGGCCACCGGAGACAUGUUGAGGGCGAUGGUGGCUUCGGGCUCAGCGCUCGGCAAGAGGCUCAAGGAGACCAUGGAUUCUGGCAAACUGGUCAGUGAUGAGAUGGUCGUGGAGCUCAUAGAGAAGAAUCUGGACACGUCGGCCUGCAGGAACGGCUUUCUGUUGGACGGAUUCCCUCGCACAGUCAAACAAGCUGAGAUGCUGGACGGCUUGUUGGACAAGAGACACGAGAAGCUGGACUCUGUGAUCGAGUUCGCCGUUGAUGACUCUCUGUUGGUCCGCAGGAUCUGUGGCAGACUUAUUCAUCAGCCAAGUGGCCGCUCCUACCACGAGGAGUUCAACCCCCCUAAAGAGCCCAUGAAGGAUGACGUGACGGGCGAGCCACUCAUCCGUCGCAGUGACGACAAUGAGACGACGCUGCGCUCCCGUCUGGACGCCUACCACCGGCAGACCGUCCCUCUGGUGAAGUACUACAGUGCCAGGGGCCUGCACACAGCCAUCGACGCCUCCAAGAGCCCAAACGUCGUCUUUGCCUCCAUCGUAGCUGCCUUCUCUGCUGCCACGGAAACCCCCGCUCGUGCCACCGCCUGUAAAGACCAAGUGUUCUUCAUUUAAAAACCUUUUUCAUCCUUCACAUAUCCCUUCCAACGGCUUCUUUCUUCCCUCAAGGGUGGAGAUUAUACAAGAGUUGAUCAAGUGUCACAGUGGCAACAAAAUGUAACUUUGCGAGCUGUAGACAUGGAAGAUGGAGACCGAAUGUGGCAACAGCGAUUCCACCGGUGUGAUCCCUGUUGUAGAAACAGAAAGGAUUUAAAAGUAUUUUCCUUAUUCCUCGUCACAAAAUCAAGUCUGAAAGAGAACAGGCCAAUGUAGAACUGAUCAAUAACCAUAAAACAAACUGGUGAUUAGCACCAAGCUGCAGCUUCUGCCUUUCACCCAUAUAGACAUUAGAUUUAAGGUUCUGACAUUUAGCGGAGCAGAAUGCCGUGUACGUACCAAGAGAUGCUUUUCAUCGGGAGGUGUUUAAAAAUAUUGACAUUUGUUGCAUAUUGUUUGCCCUUCGCUGGACAGGUUUGCUCUUGUUUAAUCGAUUACUUUGCCCUUUUCUCUUCCUCACUCUGUGAUUCUCGUGCACAUACAGUAGAUCUCCUGUUUUUCCGCUAUCAGCUGUAUUUCCUCUUCCCUUGCGUCCUUUAAAAGUAGAAAUGCUUUAGAAGCAUCAUACAUGUGUUGUCCAACCUGCUGCAGUCAUUUUCAGUGGCCUUUAACAUUAUCAAAUGUUACAGCUCAGCUAUAAAAAAAAAACCUAAGACAGGGCUGCGGAAACGCCAAUUAAUGAAAUGGAAUGUGUUAUUUGCUUUGAAUUUAAUUAUUAAUUAUUAUUGAGAAAUAUGAAAGAUUUUAAUCAUAGUUUCUAUCAGAGGUUUUCGAGCUGUGAGGUAUGCCUCAGGGAGUUAAAGGGGGGGGCACAGGGUGAGAGACGUGAGGCAAAGACUCAUGAGUCAUCACUUUGCAUGAAAGAGAGGGGCGGGUGCAGGUGUUCUGUAAACAGGAAGUUGGUCAUUGUAGUUUGCCUCCAUGGUGUGACACACAGCUCAGGCAAUGGAAAAAAACUGCCUUUGUGCCUGAUUUUUCAGUGUGACGUGCACUUUCUGAGAGUGUCUUUAUCCCUCAUGUGCAGUGCAAAUAAAUCUUAAGAAAUUCACUUAGAAAUCGUAGAAAAAGACGCAUAACUCCAGAACUUGCUUGAGAAUCAUCACAAAUUGUCUUCAGUAUUCAGGGUUUUGUCUGGGGGGGGGAGCCCACAUCGGCCUAUUUAAAGCAGAUUGUAGAAGAGACCACUUUUGUGUCCGUCCAUAAGAGAACCUGUUUCAGCAGCAGGUUUCAGUGCUGCUGAUGCUGUGAUUACUGUGUCCACUGGAGACUUUUCCCCUACUUCUUACCCGGGACAUACUCUCCUUUCUUCAUUCAUCCAUCAGUAUAACCUACUGUCUUCUCCUCCUCCUCCUCCGCCCCUCCUCUGCUCAAAUACUGCUUUCACUCUCUUGGACUCAGUGGAUGACCUUUUGGACCUUUGAGAGACUGUACUGGUUGAAAAUUAACAUUUGAUUGAUAUAGUUGAUUGCUAAAUCAAAGUGCACUUUACUGUGAAACAGACUGUACAGUGUUGAGUAGCUAAAUUAUUCCUGUAGAACUAAAUGGUGUGUUGUGUCAGCUCCAUGUGGCUCAACACCAUCGCCUUUUUUUAGAAGGUUUACAGAGUUUUGGUUGCGACAUGCAUUUGUCUGUUUCCUCCCGAUGAUACAUGUGAUUUCCUGUCUGCCGUUACUGGAAUUUUAUUAGCCCAAACUAUUUCUGAGAAACAGGAUUUCUCAUAAAACUCUUAUCAGUGGGAGUGCUGAUUAUUGACUUACACCAAAUAUUUGCAUGUAGUGCUGUAAUUUCGAUAAUGUUCGAUGAUGGAUAAUAAUGGAUGUGUAAAGAGGCACUGACACAACAUUCCCGAGUUUAGACUAUAGUGUAAUCUAAUAUGAAAAAUGUAAAAGUGUAGUCUGGAUCAUUUCCCAUUACAUUUAAGGCGUCUGUAAUCGAUAUGUAUCAAAUGACAAUGUGAAAAGAGUUGAUCGUAAUAAUGAACCUAUAGAGAAUUACCACCUGAAUCUGCAGCUAUCCUCGGCCUUACAGAACUACAGAGUGAGUUUCAGCUCAUUGUUCAGCUGUCCGGCUGCAAUUUUACUGUUUUGGUUGACUCUCACCUCUCUAGUUGCUGGAUUUUUGGCCACAGCAACCUUGUUAAAAUCCCACUGUAUGCAGCUACUAGAUGGUGAACACAGUGGAACAUUAGACAGCUAAAGAGCCAGAUAAUCCCCUUAGGAGUUGGUAGAGAGUUAAAGGAGAGUGAAUAUUGGACUAAUGUCAGGCCUGCAGGUGUUACAGGUGGACUCAAACAUGACUCCAGAAUGAGUGAUAAUGCUGCUCCGUAACUUACUUAAUAAGCGACUGUUAACAAGUUCACCCCAUCCACUGAAAAGGUGAUGAUGUGUCAGUGCUGCCCUCAAGUGGUCAACAAAUUAUUGCAGGUUAAUUAUCAGUGGCAUGAUCUUAAAAAAAAACACUGCACUGACAGUAAGUAGCAAGUAAAGUUGCUUUAGAAAGAGUGCAUGCUGGUCACUUUACAAAUUCACAUACACAAUUUAUAAAAUGGCUUGUUACAAAAAAAAGUCAUUACAAGAAUUUUGUAUUUGAUUGUAGAGCACUGGUUGAAGCUAAUGUGAACUUUGUGUUUGGUUUUUAAAUUGGGGGGGGAAUGUGGUGUGUUUUCACAUCUGUGUUUAGAGGCCAGCUGUCAAUGAAUUGUUCAGAUAGUGACAGUGAACAGUUAAAGAUGGAGUCUGUGCCCUGAUUCUCAGAAGUGAACUGGAUCGAGCUGAAGGACGUUGGUCAUUGUCGUUCAGAAAAAUUCCCUUUUCGGAAAUGUUUUGAUUUCUAGGCUUUUGUUUCUGCUGCUCCCAGAGGUCUCUUUUUCUUUUUCACCCUCUUUUGUUACACAGGCUUGGGUUUACAGUGUUAUGUUGUUGUUUUUGUUCCAUAGAAAUAUUCUUGAUUGAUACGCACUGGCACAGUGUGGGAGAAAAAUACAUUCUAGCUGUCUCUUAAAUUAUCCACAGUAGUAGUGAUGUGUUUUUUCUUCCCCCUCCUGUAAUAACUGACAUAUUGGAAAUGGCAAACUCGGCCUCUGGACACACAUGUGAUAUCGGGCUUUUGUGGAUUUUUGUCCUUGAAUCCUCUGUUCCUCCUCUGUUCCUCCUCGACCUAUUAGUUUCCUCCCCUUCUCUGUAGUCACCUGGUGUUUGUGUUCAGUGGAAACAUCUUGCAUGCAGACUGUGUCACCUGCACCUUCCCUUGAAUACUGAUGUGUUUCUAUUCUCUCGGGGUUGUUGUGAUGAAAAACAAUAACAGAUGUUCAGUAGUCCCAGUAGGCAGAUUUCAGUCUUUUAUUCAGCUCAACCAGACAAUUUCAUGCUAAAUUUCCCUUAAUAUUCUAUCCUGUGCUCAGCUUUGGUUCCUUUUUUAUUCAUCACUUUGUCGAAACCCGACAGAAAAACUGAUUUUUCUUUGUUUACCCCUAAAUGAAUAUGACUUUUGAAUUUGCACUUUAAAGUGAAUGCUGGCACCCUAAUUGCACUCAGAGAUGGACAGGACUGUUUUUGUAUUUUUCUUUGUCCAUUGCUCUUGACAGUUCCAGCAUUUAAAUGACCAGAAAAGUAUUAUUAGCCAUGGCUUGCUGCAUUUUCUCUGCAAUUCAUCCAAAACUUUUCUUCCCCUCUCUCUCCCUUGUCUUCCAGCUGGUUGAAUCCUGAGCUGCUCCAUUCCCACCGAGGUGAAGGAUUGGAGUUGGCAAAAGAUCUCGGGUGGGUGGACAGAUGGAGGUGGGGGGGGGGUCCAGGGAAUCAGAAAAUAGUGGGAAUCCUUAAGACUUCAUAAGUUAAGGUUUGCGGAGCUGUGGGGCUCGUAGUUGAAAUACUUAUUGUCAUAUUCCUCAUGUUUCCCCUCCUAAUAAAUGUUGCGCUUUCCUACAAUCAUAA